AUGGCGCUGCUGCGCGUGCGUCACUGCCGCGCGCUGCUGUACUGCCGGCGCGCGCCCGCGCGCUGCCCCGCGUGCGGGGGGGCCUUGGCGGCCGGGGGGCUGUCCUCGGCGCCCGUCCGGCUGGACUGCCCCUUCCGGCCCGGCCACGGACAGCCCCGAGCAUUCCUCGUCAGGCCCACCCGGGGGGCCUUCCUGCGGGGGUACGACGGCAGCUCCGACCUGCACGUGGGGAUCACGGACUCCCGCGGGGUGGUGUACCACUACGACCAGGAGGGUGUGCACAGGGCCCACUGCGGGUGGGAGCAGUGCAUCUGCAUCCCCCUGGUGCAGCCACAGUCGGGGCAGCUCCUGCACCACUGGGAUGGCCUCCUGGAGGAGUUUGCUGAGGGAGAGGCCUGGCUUCCUCACAGGUAUGACGAGCAGGAGCACAACUGCUACACCUUUGCCCUGGCCUUCAUCAACCACGUCCUGAGCAGGCAGGGCAAACAGCCCCUGAGCAAGGAGGAGUUCACAGAGAGGUUCGUGCUCCCCCAGAGCAGAAGAGCCUCCAGGUACCUGAGCCUGCAGCGGGAGCUGGCACACAGGGACUGCUACAUCGUGCCCCUGCCCCCGGGGGGGCAGAGCAGCGGUGCUGAGCACGACCAGCUGCUGCAGUGAAUCAGCUGCUGCAGUGAAUCAGCCUGAAGGCUCCACAGCUCAGGGCUUAGGGGGCAGGAUCUCAUUAGUUAAAACCAGUUAAUUUUAAGCUGAAGGAUACUGACCUUGUGCAUUGGAGUGAGGUAACAGAUGUAUGAUGCACUACAGAGAAUUUCUGUGAUAAUUCUUCCUACGCAAACAUGUUUUCUUAUUUACAUUCACUGGGUGCUCUGCAAACGCACUUCAUCCCAGAAAUCAAGACUGCUGUGUAAUAAAGGGUUUUAGCAAAUGAACCGUGGUAUCCUCAGCCCUAGCAAACCAAAAUGGUUUUUCCUGUCACAUUUGAUUACUGACGAAUGAAAAAAGGGAAUAUGUGCUUGUGUGCUGCUGAAAUCCAGAUGCAGAUUCACUACGUGUAAAGUGAUUUUCCUCUGAUUACUAAUAAAUAUAACAACAAAGAAA